AUGUUGAGCACAUGCCAGAUUAACAAGGCUGGGAUUGGAGGCCCCCUUGUUGAUUUUGAUGGUAAUUUUGUUGGGAUGAACUGCUCUCGUACCAGAAUGAAAAAGACCCCCUACGUGCGAAGGGAGCACAUUCUUCAAUUCUUGGGGUCUCACAGGAUGGUCAGUGCUAGAGCUAAGGAAGAGAUUGAUGAUGCUGAAGAACCGGGAAUCGAAAGUGAGAUGAAACAACUACUUUGCAGCAUUCCAGGAGGCAAGCGUAAGAUUCAUUUUCUUGAAGCAAAUUUCCUCGACGAUAUCUGGAGUAAACUACCCAAAGGCGUUGCUUCAAAAAUGUCUCGAAGUGUUGUCUCACUUGCUUCAUUCAAUGGAGUUGCAAAAUUCUUUGCUUGCACUGGUGUAUUUAUAAAGUGCAAUGCAUGCUCUGCAACAAUUCUGACUUCAGCAAGUUUGGUUAGAGUUUCUGGUGAUGCAAACAGGAUUGAUGAUAACCUGAGGAUUGAAGUUUGCCUUCCAAACCAAUUUCGAGUCGUAGGGAUACUGAACCGUUAUAAUUUACAUUACAACGUUGCUCUUGUUGACAUCAUGGGGUACUGGGGUCCUCGUGAAAUAAAAAUUAGCAGGCAUCUAGUUACCUCAUGUAAAAGGGUAAUAGCUGUGGGGCGUCUUUUUACUUAUCACAGUAUAAUGGCUGCAAAGGGCAAGUUGUUGAUUGGCAAACGAAGCAAGCUCGAUUGCAAAGAACUAUGCGUCUCCACGUGUAAAAUCACCAAGGCUGGGACACUUAUUGACACUGGUGGGAAUUUUCUUGGUAUGAACUUUUACCAUGAGGAAGAAACUCCGUUCCUGCCGAGGGAUGUUAUUCACUGCCUCUUGUUGAACUUAAAUAAAGGAUGGACUAGGGCAGGUGAUACUAUUGUUGAGGGUGACGAAAAGAGAUGGCUGUUGGCUGGUACAUGUUGGUCCCAUGGAAAUGCUGAUACUAUUGCCGAGGGUGGUGUCAACAAGUGGCCGUUACCCGAGCCAUGUGUGCUCCCUGCUGAUAUACCUGAACCUACUACAUUGGAUUUCUACAAGCUGGUUAGGAGGCACUGUGCUUUUUAGUCCUGCUACUGCUCGUGGUAAUCGAUAAUGUGUUCAUGUUGGUUGGCUGCCUGACGUCCGCUCCAGUCUUUGUGUUGCUUGAGUUGUCCCAUCUUUGUGUUGCACGAUGAAUGUAAAUGAGUCAUGUCUAAACAGUGAAGUACUACCUCCGUCCCAUAAUGUGAGACACUUUUGUAAGCUAUGUUCUUGUGACAUGGAAGAAAGUUGACACUAUCUA